ACUGUCAUCUGACAUAUUGUUUAUAAUUUUUUUAAUCGAGUAUGGCUACCGAAAUCAAGCUAUUAUUUCUAAUUGUAAAUAAACAAAUGUAGAAACUAGGAAACACGAAAUCUGUCGGUGCAGCAUAAGUUCCUGUGUAUAGAAUAAGUCUAUUAACAAUGGAGGCCCAUAUGCACGAUGUGAAUUUAAAAAUGGACCCACACAUGCACGACGUGAAUGUUAUUAGCAUCAAAAUGGAUUCGCUUCACGAUGUUAACAUGAAAAUGGACAAUCGAUUGCAGAGCAUCAACAUAAAAACGGACCCCUACCCGCGGAUGCACGAAGUGUCUCUACAACACGAAAACAUGAAAAUGGAUGGCCAUAUGCACGAAUCUCAGGUAAACAUACACGAAGCGCAAAUAACUCAGCUAAAUCAAAUGCCAAUGCAGCCACAACAGAUUCACAUGCAACCAGUCCAGGAACAAAUACAAACGCAACCGGAACAGCGGGAGCAGCAAACAAAACCUCGGGUCGAAAAUAAAAAAAAAAAGGAAGCCAUAGACGGUCAGGCGCGCGAAAUAAUUUUCAAGGUAAUAAAAUUCUUCGAAAGCGAAAAACAGAACCGCGGCUACCAUUUCCCAGUGGAAAACGUUGUAAAAAGAGCGUGUGCUGCCACAGGUUUGUCAGAAAGUACAAUUAAACGUAUAAAACGCGAAGGUUUGCGCGCUGAAGCUAAUCAAACCAAAAUGACUGGGCCGAAGAAGAAACGGGUACGAAAAACAAAAGUCCAACUCGAUUAUUUCCAACUCUGCGCAUUAAGAGGUAUAGUUAACGCGUAUUCAGUCCGUAAAGAAGUGCCUACGCUCGGUAAAAUACUAACAGCUGCCAAACACGAAUUAAACUAUAGAGGUGGUAAGGAGUCGCUUAGAUUAAUAUUAUUGAAUAAGUUAGGGAUUAAGUUUAAGAAAUGCGAGAAGAAGAAUAAGAAGCCCCCGGAGCCUCCAGCGCCGACGCAGCAGAUGGUUCCAGUAAUGUCUCAUUUGCAAAUGCAGCCGAUGAAGCCGGAGAACCAGUGCAUAUACACUAAUAUGAUGCCUCAGGUGCCUCCUGUGUCCUAUUAGCUUGGUAAUUUAUUAGGACGGACGCACGUGACUUCGUCCGCCCUUAGACCUCUUUAAUCCAGCCCUUACAGUAGUAUCGCUGUAAAAAUGGAGUAACUUCUCCCGUUUUCCCAACAUUUCCCUUCACUGCUCUGCUCCUAUUGAUCGUAGCGUGAUGAACUACUAUAACCUCCCAGGAGUAUGACGAAUAAUUGUACCAAAUUUGGUUAAAACCCGUUGAGUAGUUUUUGCUUCUAUAAUGAACAUACAGACAGACAAAAACUUUGCUGAUUGUACUUUUGGCAUCAGUAUCGAUCACUAAUCACCCGCUGAUAGUUAUUUUGGAAAUAUAUUUCAUGUACAGUAUUGACCUCUCUACAGAUUUAUUAUAAGUAUAGAUAUAAAGAUUCGUCACAGUUUAGGCCUGGAAAGAAGGGACUGGACUUGAGGCCUAUAAUUUAAACUUAACACGUCUGUUGCAGCACUGAUAUUUCUGUACUUUCCCCUGGUGCGGUUUUUUUACGUCAUACUAAACAUAUGUGGUGUACUACGAGGUCAAUUGACCUCGUACCGCAGCGAACGGGUUAAAUAGCUCCACAGUCAAACCUUUCCACAUCUUUUCUCAUCAAAACACUACAAAAAAAUAGUGUUGUUUAAUUUAUCAGGAAAAUCCUGGAAUUGAUUCAGGCAGUCAAAGAUUUUAUGAUCUUCAAAUUGGUUCUGCCCCUUGCCAAGUGGAUAGUCAAUUCUCUUUCUACGAUCGCAAACGCUUCGAAAACUAGAAAAAUGUAUAGGAAUCAAUGAUAUUUUUAUAUAGAUCAGUUACGUCCCUACAAAAUCACAGCAAAUAGUGAUUCGAAUAAUAACAACACUAAGCGCACAGAUGCACAAUUUUGUCUAAUUCCAUUAUAUAUUUGUGAAAGACGUACCACCAAGUAAUUUAGCGUUCCGGUAUGAUGUCGUGUAGAAACCGAAAAAGGCUGUGGAUUUUCAUCCUCCUCCUAACAAGUUAGCCCGCUUCUAUCUUAGACUGCAUCAUCACUUACCAUCAGGUGAGAUUGUAGUCAAGGGCUAACUUGUAAAGAAUGUAAAAAAACACAAAGAAUAUAGUUUUAACACUUCCUGAACACACAACUUGACAUAUUUUGGUAUUAUUUGUUUAAAUAAUGUCCAUUUUUGACCACAACUAACAUUGAGAUGUGGAAAUUUCCUCUUUUGAGCGCCUCAUUUUUCAUGACCUGGUAACACAUUUAACAUCAUAUAUGGGAAUAACAUUUGCUAUUGACAGGUCACGUGAUCAAGAUACAUUUUUCUAGUUUUCGAAGUGUUUGCGAUCGUGCCAUGAGUGUUGUCAUCUAUAUUAAUAAUUUUGUCAAGGGGUACGGUAGAUCUCUAUCAAAACUUUACCUGAAUAAUAAAACAUACACGUCAUGAAAGAGAACCGACGUACCACUUGGCAGGGGCUGAUUUGUCAUGUUUAUGAAUGUCCAAAUGGCACGGACAGAUUCGAAUAUUCUAUGUAAGGAGGUUGUAUAUAAAGAAUUAUUGUGUGUUUGUCACCCAUAAAUAUGUGCGAAAUUAUGAAUUAUGUUUGUCUUAUUUAUUUAUUUACAUUUUUAAUGCUUAUAAAAUUUAAAAUCUAUUAAAUGUUUAUAAUAUAAUGAUGAAUUAACUAUUAAUUUUUUAUGUAAUUGAGCUAAAACUCCAUGAUACAACAUCAGAGUAUGCUCAACAAGUUUCAAACCCAUAUGAGGCCCUUAGUCAUGAGCUUUGCAACGCCCGAUCAAAACUUGUCUCCUGUGAGUUUUUCAUAAUAAAUUAAUAUGAAAAACACUCAGGAUAGUUUAAAUUUUAAAAAUGAAUGAAAUUGAGCUAAAACUCCAUGAUACAACAUCAUAUGCCCAACAAGUUUCAAACCCAUAUGAGGUCCUUAGUCAUGAGCUUUGCAAUGCAUAUUCAAAACUUGUGUCAUGUGAGUUUUAGUCGUGUUUCAUAAUUAAUUAAUAUAAAAAACACUCAAGAUAGUUUAAUUUUUAAAAAUGAAUUAACUAAUUAUAAUUUUUAUCAUUCAUCAUUAACAACUUAUAUUCGGCUCACAGAUGAGCACGAGUUGAGUCAGAGGGGUUAGACUAAUAGUCCACCAUACUGGCCCAAUGCAGAAUAGCAGACUUCACCUUCAUAGAGAAUUAAGAAAAUUCACAGGUAUGCUUCACCAUUUGAGACACGUGAUAUUUAAUAUCUUAAAAUACACACAACUGAAAAGUUAAAGGUGCAUGCCCCAAACUGGAUUCGAACCUACACCCUCUGAAUCAAAGGCAGAGGUCAUAUCCACUGAGCUAAACGUUUCUCCUAAUGGCAACAUGCAGAAUAUUAAUCUGCAUGCUUUUCUGAGUUUAAAACUGCAAACAGAAUGCAGUCCUCGAAUUAUGUAUACUCAAUAUCUCACAGCACCUGCUCUAUAUGGCUUGGACUAUAUGGAUUGAGUUGUGUAUAUUUUUAACCGACUUCAAAAAGGAACAGGUUCUACGUUCGGUUGUAUGUAUGUUUUUAAUUGUAUGACCGUCGAAUAGACAUUUUUUUUUUUGUUGUUUUCUCGUAAAGUGUAUGUAUGUAUGUACCUAAUUAUUAUUAUAUUAGUGAUAGAUAUAAUAUAAGGCUGAAUUGAGUAGUAUGUAAUAAAAUAAUUAUUAUUAUUGUAGGUAUAAUAGAUAUUUUACAAUUAAACUAUAAAUAUAA